AUGAUGACGGCGGAUGCAGAGAUAUCAGAGCUACUACUGGAGUGUGACAAGAAGAAUGUUCCGUUACCAGAGAACUCAUGGGAAGCACUGCGGGAGGUUAUUGUAGUGUUAAGGAACACACAGCACGACGCUUUGGGUUAUGUGAAGAUGCCAAAAGCUCUGGAACAGCUAAAAAAACGCAAAUUUGGUGAUAGUGCGAGAGAUGAGGAGGUAGCUCCAGUGGCGCCUUUGUCUCGUGUGAUGCGACGCCAGAAGCGGAUGCUUAUACAAGACAUGACGGAGAGUAAACGGCGCAACGUGAACACUGAGGGAAGCAGCCGUAAUGCAAGUUUAAGUGGCCAAUCUGGGCCUAACAUUGCAGAGAGUUCGGUGGCGAGUAAGAAGAAGAAGAAGAAGAAGAGAGACGCGAGAAAGGGCCGCAUUCAAGAAGAAGUGGAGGCCACACCUGCCUCACGAGAUGAAAAUCAAGCGCUUGUGGACAAGCUCGUGCAAGUGGGUGAUUACGAGAUGCACCAUGGACACUCGCAACGAGGGAUCUCGCGGAUGCGUGCGGCGAAGGCGAUCUGCUCCACUGACAUGGUGAUCACGUCAGGUGCUCAAGCGAAGCAGCUAGAUAAUGUAGGUCCAGCUGUUGCUACGAAGAUCGACCAGCUUCUAAACGAAGGACUCACAGCUGCUUUAAGCGAGUAUGACAAGGACGAAGAGGCAGUUUCAUAA